GAGUUUGAAUCCCAUGCCAUAAAUUUCUGGGAUCACGUUUGUCAGGAUUCAGGAAAGCGUGUACGGGAAGAGGAUCAGGCAGCUGCGGAGAACACUCGGGGUUUCUUGACUGCAUUGUGUACCCUAUAGCAUUGGUAUACACCGGAAGACUGAUAUUAUGGACGGUCAGCGGCAGCAACAGUAUAUUCCGGUUCAACCGCCUCCCUCGGCGCAGGCCUCUCAGUCGCACAUACUACUACCUCCUCCCCCUCCGAGGUAUCAGCCAGCACAAGCCCAAGGGGUAGUCCCUCCACCUCCUCCCGGUCCACCUCCAGGAACAGCAUACGGUGCUGCGAAGAUAACCAACCCACAAGUACAAGUUCAGAACACUAUUGGAUGGCAGCAGAACUGGGCGGCAAGGCAAGCACUGUCUCAAGGCUACCUACCUCCUCCUCCGCCUCCCCCUUUGGUCCCCGCGAACCAACAACUCUACAACCGAACACCUUUGUCGAUCCCUUCUGGAGAAGGCCGUACAUCUGCAACUUACGUCCCGCAACCUGGUACUUUCGGUCCAGGUGUUGGAAUUCCUGCAUUCGACUCGCACACUCUCUCCGCAUAUGAGAACCAAGCAACGCUGGUGGGCAGCGACCGACAAAGACCCCAAGUGAGCCAAUUGUACGAGUAUCCUAGUCCAGAUUCGGCAUACAAACGGGAUGGAACUAUUCCACCUACACCGUCGGCCCGCACCGUCCCUUCGGCUCUAGCAGCUAAUGAAGGUACCCACGAGCAAUUACCGAACCAUGGACAAACUACAGAACUUAUGAAGUCAUCAAGUCAUCGGCACAAUAACAGCAACACCUUACCUGGCGGCAUGUCGCCUAGUGAGGCUGCUGCUCAGUGGCCGCUCGAAAGAGUCUUACUGUGGCUCGCGAAGAAUGGGUUUUCCAAGGACUGGCAAGAAACUUUCAAGGCCCUCGAGCUUCAAGGCGCUGAUUUUAUUGAACUAGGUCAUGGUUUAAAUGGCCGGCCGAACUUGGGUAAACUGCAUAACGUUGUAUAUCCUCAACUUGCGAAAGAAUGCGAAAGUAGUGGGACAGGAUGGGAUCAGACUCGCGAACGGGAGGAAGGUAAACGGAUGCGCAAGCUAAUCCGCCAAAUCCAGGAGGAUGGGGGAUAUGAUGCCGGGAUACCUAUCCCGAAACAACGCGACUCGCAGACACUACCGGGCAGUGCUCCAGAGGGUAUUUUGGAUACUUCUCCCAUGCUUACACAUGAACCUUUAUCUGCGGGCCCCGCAACAAAUAGUCCAAACCUCAAAACACUACAGCCUGUGUAUACGCAGAGGCAAAGCGUGCAAACGCGUUCUUUUACGACGCCAAUUCCUGCUAGCCAUGAUCACCUGUCAUCAGAGCCUAUCUCGAACGAUGGCACAAGUUGGACCCGGUCAGACAUCUCACGAGCUGCGCUAUCUAGUAUCGCUGGUGACCACCGAAGGCAGAGCCCCUCCGUUUCUAGUGAUGGUGGCCAUUUUUUCCCCCCUGCUCGACCAUACGAGGGCAGCCCCAAGAGUGGUAGCCCGGCUACACAGCAUGCCACUCUCGCCCACCAGGGCGCAUCGUCAUCCACAGGUGACUUGGGGGUCCGAUUCGAGCAUUCUCGUGGCAACAGUUCAGACUCGACCAUAGGCCGGCGAUACUACGAAUCAAUACGACAGGAUAAUACCCGUCCGUCGCCUCAAGACCCCUACAACCGUCAAUUGAGUGGGGACAAUCCCUCAUCUUACUCAAAAGACCAUAGUAAUCGCCUUUUGCAUUUCUUCAAAAAGAGAUCCAAAACCGGCGAUUCUAACCACCCGUCUCCGGAGGAGCAAUUUCUGGAGUCCCCCACUAGUCCAGUGAACAUGCGUCAGAAUGCUUCACAUCUCCCUUACACCAAGCCGAAUUUCAGCAGUAGCGACAUGUCGCUGGGUGAACGUCCACCGUCCUCGUCUGUUUCAGACCAUGAGCGGCUCGCCUUACGAGCCAAAUCUGGACACAAAGGGAGAAAGUGGGCCUUUGCGACCUUGGAUGGAUGGAAUUAUCGUUUAGUGGAUAUUACUGAAACGGAAUCCGUGGAGAUGCUACGGGCCACUAUCUGCCAGAACCUUGGGAUAUCCGAUUGGACUGGCGCUCAGAUUUUCUUGACCGAGCCGGGCCAGAUAGAGCACGAUGAACCCUUGAAUGACCCCGGCCUGACUCUCUGUCGGAAGACGAAGUCGGACUCGUUUGGGUCUUUGAAAUUUUUUGUACGAGGAUCACAUAUGCAUGCAGGUGCGAGCAGUUCUCCGCACGUUGCAGGCCUUGGAGUCUCAUUCCCCGAAAAGCAUACGGCGUCACCUACAAGUGGGCAACAUCAACUACACCGUAAACCAUUGGAUGACGAGGCUCUGAACAGGAUUGCAAAACCCACUUCUCCGCAAGUAGCACCACGCCAACAGCUAAGGACCCCUGCUGUUAAACUACCUACCCGUGAUAUAUCGCAGACUUCACUUACGGCAUCCCCAGUGGAUGGUGGCCAGGACGCUGGACAUCUUGACCCGGAUAAGGCAGACCUAUUAGCUCGCCAUGAGGAACACCAGCGGGAGGUCGAGAGGAAACAGAAGGCCUAUCGGAUCUCCAAAGUCUCAUCGGUACCACAACCGAGAAAGGAUGCCUAUGGUGAGACUGGUUAUAGACGAGAAGGAGUCAUUGAUUUCGAUUCUCCUCGUAUAUCUCCUUACGAAGACAAAAAGGCAGAGCCUCUUGUACCGCUUCGCAAACCACCUACUGCGCCUCAUGAAUCCCAUACUCUCACCAAAGUUAAUUCUCUAAGGAAGAAAGAUGCUGAUCGCCCCCGCGUUCAACAACCUGUUCAGACCCAUGGCCUUGGAGCGGUUCUGGCUAGUGUUGGUAGAAUGACUAGUGCCAUAGGAACGCCGACACCUUCGGUGUCUACAUCACAGGCUGGAACGAAUAACCAUGCCAGCAUUGAGGCGCCACCUGAAAGUAAUAUCCCCGACGAAUCAAAAAGCGCCUCACAAUCGCCUGCGGAACAGGACAGCCAGGAAACUCCAACCUCGCACACCAAUCAAUCACCUGCUAAGACUGCUGUUCCUGAGGAGCCACGGCCAACUGUACAGUCUCGCAAGUCUUUUGGACCCGAGUUUGACUUCGAGGAAACCAAUGUUUCCUUCCAACGCUCGCCAAUGCCACAGGAGGAUUCGGACGACGACGAUUCAGAUGACGGCCUUUUUGCAAUCCCAUUAGCGAAUAGCAAAUCUCCGACAAAGGAAAAAGAUUCCGCAACUGGUUUUUCGGCUAGUCAAAAGUUAUCAGCAAAGCCCUCGCUCACUGUAAACACCGAAAAUAGGUUGAGAAAGGGAUUGUCUGUGAGCUUCAGAUCACCUAGUGCCACGCGCGAAACCUUUGCAAGCUCAAGCGGUGAUCCAGACCCUAGAACAGGGUCGUUCUCCGAUAUGACCGCUUCGCCUGAGGAAGAGAAGCCCCCUCGGAGGGAUUCGUUCGCUCGAGGCGAUAUCUGGGCAAGCAGACCUCCCGUGGAAGGUGUCAUUGAGUACCUAGAUGACUUCUUCCCAAAUAUUGAUCUCGAUGCGCCUUAUUUAGAUGGACAAGGCGCAUCCCCUCCCUCGUCACCAGCGAGCAGAGUUGCCGCAGAGGGUGAGCUGAGCCAAAAGGAAAGACCGCAGCCCCCUCCAAAUCCUAGUGAAUCCACUUUAGGCUCGAGUGAGCCGACUAUCAAACCACAAGAGGCUAAUAUUGUUGCUCGACGCAACGUCAACCGCUCCGGCGGACUUACCCGAAUGAAGUCAAUCCGUGAAGUUGCCAGGGGCGCCAACCAAGCGAGCAGGAAUCGAAGUGUCACAUCCUCUACAGGAAAUCAAAAAUCUGGUGAUAUCCUCCGACGCAAAAGUACGAAGAUGUUUGGUGCAAGGAUUAUGCAAAUCAGCCCUAAACCAGGAAGCCGGCUCAGCCAACUCGAUCCUAUCCCCCAAAACAAUGCCCCUUCUACAAGUGUACCCCAAAGACAACCAACUUUCCGCAUCAUUCGCGGUCAGCUUAUCGGCAAAGGCACAUACGGCCGAGUUUAUCUGGGAAUGAAUGCGGAUAAUGGUGAAGUCUUGGCUGUUAAGCAGGUGGAAAUCAAUCCUAGAAUUGCUGGACAAGACAAGGACAAGAUGAAGGAUAUGGUCGCCGCUAUGGACCAGGAGAUCGACACGAUGCAACACCUUGAGCAUCCCAAUAUCGUACAGUAUCUUGGAUGUGAGCGGGGAGAGUUGUCUAUCUCAAUCUAUCUCGAGUAUAUUUCUGGUGGCUCUAUCGGCAGUUGUCUCCGCAAACAUGGUAAGUUUGAGGAGAGUGUCGUGAAAUCACUUACACAACAAACCUUGAGCGGACUGGCCUACCUUCAUGAUCAGGGAAUCCUACAUCGUGACUUGAAAGCAGACAAUAUUCUUCUGGAUUUGGAUGGAACGUGUAAAAUCUCUGAUUUCGGUAUCUCUAAGAAGUCAGACAACAUCUAUGGAAAUGACUCGACAAAUUCCAUGCAGGGAUCAGUAUUCUGGAUGGCGCCAGAAGUUAUCCAAUCUCAAGGCCAGGGCUACAGCGCCAAGGUGGAUAUCUGGUCACUUGGAUGUGUGGUACUGGAAAUGUUUGCAGGCCGACGGCCAUGGAGCAGGGAAGAGGCCAUUGGUGCUAUAUUCAAGCUUGGAAGUCUAAGUCAAGCGCCUCCGAUCCCCGAGGAUGUAUCCAUGAACAUUAGUCCAGCGGCGCUUGCUUUCAUGUAUGACUGCUUUACUAUUGAUUCACUCGAUCGCCCGACUGCUGAAACUCUUCUCACCCGUCAUCCAUUCUGCGAACCAGAUCCGAAGUACAACUUCCUCGACACUGAACUCUACGCAAAGAUCCGUCAUGUUCUCUAGAUUAUAUUUCCAUUUGAAGCAUCGUCAUUGAGCGUGUAUAUAUCUUU